UCCUUUUGUUCUUCAUCAGAUAUUCCUUUGAGGGUUGUUCCAGAAACAUCAGAGGAGUCAAGAUGCGUUUUGCAUUGAUCAUCGCCACUUUCGUUGCAGGGGCCUUGGCAGGGCCGUUUGAGGCACUCGACCACGACUCGGUCUCCUUACCCGACGUCAGAUUUGAUGUACCGGGACACCCCGCAAGUCAGGUGGAGUUAACCCAUGGAAAAGUAGAGGGACUCAGCAAGGUUCUCAGGCCCGGUCGUGAUUGCUACGGACGUUACACGUGUGAUGUGUUGGUCAGUGGUCUACACGUCACCUACAAGGCUGUAGCUAAUGCGCCAGAGCGAGAGUUCGACGUGGUAGUGGACGUUCUUCACGGGCUGCUCCAUCUGGACAGCAGAAAGACAGCAGGAGGCAAGUACGACGCGAAGAACGUCCGUGUCAGGGCUCUGCACCAAUAUGUCAGGAAGCCAGUGAAGUUCGGCACUGACCGGAAGCAGAAUGCACUCUUCGACGAGGAGCUCAAGAAGAAAUUGCUGGAACUAUUGAAAGAGGUCGCGCGGACAGAACUAUUCAGUGGUGUGCUGAACGAGGUUUUAGACGGUGAUACAAGCAAGCGAGUCGCCGCGGGACCGUCUGAAGUAACAGGAGUGCCAUUCAAAGCAGUCUUCGAGGACCACGUCGCUUUUCCCGAUUUCGAAAUUUCUGUGUCUGGAGCUCCCAGGAGGAACGUGACAUUCACCAAGGGAAGAGCAGGACCUCUGAGCGUGGUUCUCAAGCCUACCCGUGGUUCUCAUGGGGCCUAUAACAGCGUUCUAUCACUCAAAGACAUGCGUGUCAUCUACGAGGCUGUAGCCAUCGAGCCCAAAGAAGAGUUUCAACUGGUAGUGGAUGUAAUGCAGGGCUUGGUGAAAGUAGAGCGCAGAAAAACCGCAGGUGGGAAAUUUGAACUCAAGGACGUCACUUUUGAAGAUCUGAAGGUGUCCGUCGAAAAGCCAGCUGAGUUCAGCAGCGAUGGAGAGCAGAACACUCUGUUUCAAGAGGAGGUGAAGAAAACAAUCUUGGAAUUUGUGGAGCUUUUCCUACAGGGAGAAGUGGUGAACGACGCGCUGACGGACUUCGGAGGUGAUACCCCCCAACUAACCUCGAUCACUCUCGGGGCCUUGGCAGGGCCAUUUGACGCACUCGACCACGACUCGGUCUCCUUACCCGACGUCAGAUUUGAUGUACCGGGACACCCCGCAAGUCAGGUGGAGUUAACCCAUGGAAAAGUAGAGGGACUCAGCAAGGUUCUCAGGCCCGGUCGUGAUUGCUACGGACGUUACACGUGUGAUGUGUUGGUCAGCGGUCUACACGUCACCUACAAGGCUGUAGCUACUGCGCCAGAGCGAGAGUUCGACGUGGUAGUGGACGUUCUUCACGGGCUGCUCCAUCUGGACAGCAGAAAGACAACAGGAGGCAAGUACGAAGCGAAGAACGUCCGUGUCAGGGCUCUGCACCAAUAUGUCAGGAAGCCAGUGAAGUUCGGCACUGACCGGAAGCAGAAUGCACUCUUCGACGAGGAGCUCAAGAAGAAAUUGCUGGAACUAUUGAAAGAGGUCGCGCGGACAGAACUAUUCAGUGGUGUACUGAACGAGGUUUUAGACGGUGAUACAAGCAAGCGAGUCGUCACGGGACCGUCUGAAGUAACAGGAGUGCCAUUCAAAGCAGUAUUCGAGGACCACGUCGCUUUUCCCGAUUUCGAAAUUUCUGUGUCUGGAGCUCCCACGAGGAACGUGACAUUCACCAAGGGAAGAGCAGGACCUCUGAGCGUGGUUCUCAAGCCUACCCGUGGUUCUCAUGGGGCCUAUAACAGCAUUCUAUCACUGAAAGACAUGCGUGUCAUCUACGAGGCUGUAGCAACCGAGCCGAAAGAAGAGUUUCAACUGGUAGUGGAUGUAAUGCAGGGCUUGGUGAAAGUAGAGCGCAGAAAAACCGUAGGUGGGAAAUUUGAACUCAAGGACGUCACUUUUGAAGAUCUGAAGGUGUCCGUCGAAAAGCCAGCUGAGUUCAGCAGCGAUGGAGAACAGAACACUCUGUUUGAAGAGGAGGUGAAGAAAACAAUCUUGGAAUUUGUGGAGCUUUUCGUACAGGGAGAAGUGGUGAACGACGCGCUGACGGACUUCGGAGCUGAUAUCCCUUAACUAACCGCGACCACUGUCGAGUCGUUGUCUCCACUUCGUGCAGUCACCACGGGACCCACUGAAGUAAGGAAAGAGCCAUUCAAAGCAGUCUUCGAUGGCCACGUGGAUUUUCCGAAUUUCGAAAUUUCUGUACCUGGAAGUCCCAGGAGGAACGUGAAAUUCACAAACGGAAGAGCAGGGCCUCUGAGCGCGUUUCUCAAGCCUACCCGUGGCUCUCAUGGGGCUUAUAAGAGUGUUCUAUCCCUGAAGGACCUUCGUGUCACCUACGAGGCUGUAGCCACCGAGCCCAGGGAAGAGUUUCAAGUGGUCGUGGAUGUAAUACAAGGCGUGGUGGAAGUGGAGCGCACAGAUGCCGAAGGGGGGAAAUUUCAACUGAAGAACGUCAUUGUGAAAGAUCUGGACGUGUACGUUGACAAGCCAGCUAAGCUCAGCAGCGAUGAAAAGCAGAACACUUUGUUUGAAGAGAGGCUGAAGAAAAAAAUAUUGCAGUUUCUGGAGGUGUUUGCACAGGGGGAAGUUGUGAACGAUGCACUCACCGCCCUCGGAGGUCACACCACCCCCUCUGUCUGAAGAACAGAUAAUAUACGCAUGCAUGAUCGGGCGUUUUGAGUACCCGAUAUGAAUUUAUUGUUUCUUAUGAAACUUCAGAAAUAAACACAAUAAUCCUAUA